AGUUAAUAACUUUUAAAAUGUUAAAUUAAAAAAUAUUGAGACAUUUAAAAAAUAAAAGGAAGAAAUUUUUUUCUGUAUACUUUAGAAGAUUGGCAGCCACCGAACGUAUUUAAAAUAACCGCCGUAAAAAAAUAUUGCCGGCUUAGUAAUCAACAACAGUUGUUUAUCUUUAUGUUUUUAAACAUUUCAGUUUGUGACUAGAAAAUAUUUAAUAAUUUUUAUUAUAAUGGAUUGUUUAGAAGAUUCUGACAUUUUUGGAUCCAGGAUUGUCGAUAAUGCUGUUACUGAUGAUAGCCUUUCUUCCGACAAUUUCGACUGCACCGAUGCAUGCAUUGAAGAAAGUCUACAUAAAGAAAUUGAAAAUGUAGCUUCCACGAGCAAGAAAGGAAUUUAUUCCAGAACAGCAUUGUCCGACAUUUUGCAAAUGCAAACAGAAAUGCUUAAUUUUAAAAAAGAAAGAGCUGAAAAAGAGCUAACUUUAAAGGGAAAAGAAUUUAGUUUAAAGGAAAGAGAAAUAGGGCUGAGAGUAAAGGAAAUAGAAAGCAACGAGCUUAUAAAAGUUAAGGAGCUGGAAAUGAAGGAGAGGUUAGCAAUGGAGGAGCUGAAGCUUAAAUACAAACAAUAAGUAUAUAAGUUAUGGAUAACAGUCUAGAAUAUAGACCACUUUAUAGUCUAGUCCAAAGUCUAGUCUACAGUCUAGUCUAUAGUCUCUAGUCUAUAGACCAAUCUUUAGUCUAGUCUAUAGUCAAUUCUAUAGGCUAGUCUAUAGUCUAGGCAAUAAUUUAGUCUACCAAUAUUCAUUUAUGUAUAUAUGUAUUUAUUUAAAUGAAUUACAGUUUUUUGUUUUUGUUUUUUAUAUAUAUAAGUUAUAUUAAUAAAAAUGUACAUUGA